CGUCAAAAAAAAAGUUUCCCGCUCUUUUGCUUCUCAAUCUCUUAUUGCCCUCACUCUCGCAAAUUUGAUUUCGUUCGUGUUCUUCAGCAGAAAAAGAAAAAACAAAACAACUCCAGAUUUCUCCGAGAUUCUCUUGCAUCGGUUCGAUUUUCAUUAUUCCUUUUCGAUUCAGAUUUUAACUCGUGUGGCGCUUCGUAGUUGAUCUCCAUUUCUAGCGUUUCCGGGUUCCAAUUUUGGCUUCUCUUCUUCACUUUCUAGGGUUUCUUUCGGGGUUUGGAAUUCUGGGGAAGAAGAAGACGGAAGAUGCACGUAAAGGAGAUAUGCUUGGAGGGUUUCAAAUCCUACGCUACAAGGACGGUCGUGCCGGGUUUCGACCCGCAUUUCAACGCCAUUACGGGUCUAAACGGGUCGGGCAAGUCCAACAUCCUCGAUUCCAUCUGCUUCGUUCUGGGUAUCACCAAUCUUCAGCAAGUUCGUGCUGCCAAUCUACAGGAGCUCGUGUACAAGCAAGGACAAGCUGGGAUUACCAAGGCAACUGUGUCGAUUACCUUUGAUAAUUCCAACCGGACCAGAAGCCCUCUCGGGUACGAGGAUAGUCCGGAGAUUACCGUGACUAGACAAAUAGUAGUUGGUGGGCGGAACAAGUAUUUGAUCAACGGAAAGCUUGCACAACCAAGUCAAGUUCAGAACCUUUUCCACUCGGUGCAACUCAAUGUCAAUAACCCUCACUUUCUCAUCAUGCAAGGGCGUAUCACCAAAGUCUUAAACAUGAAACCUCCAGAGAUCCUAUCGAUGCUUGAAGAGGCUGCUGGAACAAGAAUGUAUGAAACUAAGAAAGAGGCUGCGCUGAAAACGCUUGAAAAGAAGCAAACCAAGGUUGAUGAGAUAAAUAAGCUUCUAGACUAUGAAAUAUUGCCGGCUUUGGAGAAGUUGAAGAAAGAAAAGACACAGUACAUGCAAUGGGCUAGUGGUAAUGCUGAAUUAGACAGGCUUAAGAGGUUUUGUAUUGCUUUUGAGUAUGUUCAAGCAGUGAAGACUAAAGCCACCGCAGUUCAUGGAGUCGAACAAAUGAAGGCAAAAAUUGUUAAUAUUGAUGAGGAAUCAGAAAAGACGCAGGCCAAAAUUCAGGAUCUGGAGAAACAAAUAAAAGCCUUGACUCAGGCAAAGGAAGCCAGCAUGGGUGGAGAAGUAAAAGCCUUGUCUGAGAAUGUAGAUUCACUGUCUCAAGAAUUGACUCGUGAAUUAUCGAAACUUAAUAAUAAGGAGGACACCCUCCAGGGUGAACAAGAGAAUGCUGAAAAGAUCGUUCAUAAUAUAGAAGAUUUGAAGAAAUCGCUUGAAGAGAAAACCUCUGCUUUGAAGAAGUCCGAAGAAGGAGCAGCUGAUCUAAAACAAAGAGUCCAGGAACUUUCCACCACAUUGGAAGAUUGUGAAAAAGAACAUCAGGGUGUACUUGCUGGGAAGAGUAGCGGUCACGACGAGAAAUGCCUUGAAGAUCAAUUGCGUGAUGCAAAAGUUGCUGUUGGGACAGCUGAGACAGAGUUGAAGCAGCUGACGACCAAAAUUGGCCACUGUGAGAAGGAGCUAAAAGAAAAGAAAUCUCAGUUAAUGUCCAAACGUGAAGAAGCAGCGUCAGUGGAGAAUGAACUUAAUGCAAGAAAAAAAGAUUUAGAAAGUGUAAAAGAGUCACUAGAAUCUCUUUCAUACAAAGAAGGUCAAAUGGAAGCUUUGGAAAAGGAACAAGCAUCUGAGCGUGGAAUUGUGCAAAAGCUGAAAGAUAAAGUGCGUGAUCUUUCAGCUCAAUUAGCAAAUGUUAAUUUUACAUACCGCGAUCCAGUGAAGAACUUUGAUCGGUCAAAGGUGAAAGGUGUGGUUGCAAAACUGAUAAAGGUAAAAGAUAGAUCCACAAUGACAGCCUUAGAGGUAACUGCUGGUGGGAAAUUGUUUAAUGUUGUUGUGGACACAGAAGAUACAGGAAAGCAGCUCCUUCAAAAGGGUGAUCUCCGGAGAAGAGUUACAAUUAUACCCCUCAGUAAAAUUCAAUCCCACCUUGUUCCCCCGAGAGUGCAGCAAGCUGCUGUUAGAUUGGUCGGAAAAGAGAACACAGAAUUGGCACUUUCUUUAGUUGGUUAUGGCGAGGAAUUAAAGAGUGCCAUGGAAUACGUUUUUGGUUCCACUUUCGUUUGCAAAACGACUGAUGCAGCAAAGGAGGUAGCUUUUAAUCGGGAAGUUCGGACUCCGAGUGUCACUCUGGAAGGUGAUAUUUUUCAACCAAGUGGUCUUCUGACCGGUGGAAGUCGGAAGGGCGGAGGUGAUCUAUUAAGGCAACUUCAUGAUCUUGCAGAGGCUGAGUCAAAACUACAAAUGCACCAGAAGAGGUUGUCUGAGAUUGAAGCAAGGAUCAAGGAGCUUCAACCCCUUCAGAAGAAGUUCAUGGACAUCAAAGCACAGUUGGAGCUAAAAACAUACGAUUUGUCUCUUUUUCUUAAAAGGGCUGAACAGAAUGAGCAUCACAAGCUUGGUGAAGCAGUGAAGAAGCUCGAGGAAGAGCUGGAAGAAGCAAAAUCCCAAGUCAAGGAUAAGGAGGUUCUUUACAUAAAGUGGGUUGAUACUGUCUCCACGCUGGAGAAAUCCAUCAAGGAUCAUGACAAGAACAGAGAGGGAAGACUCAAGGACUUGGAAAAGAAGAUUAAGACCAUCAAGACUCAGAUGCAGGCUUCUUCAAAAGAUCUAAAGGGUCAUGAAAAUGAACAAGAGAAGCUUGUAAUGGAGCAGGAAGCAGUGAAGAAGGAACAAUCAUCUACAGAGAGUCAGCUAGCUUCAUUAAGGACUCAAAUUAGCACUUUGGCUUCAGAAAUAGACGAGCAGCGAGCAAAGGUCGAAGCCAUACAGAAGAAUCACGACCAGGCUCAGGCUGAGCUCAAGUUGAUACAUGCGAAGAUGAAGGAAUGUGAUACGCAGAUAAGUGAUCUAGUUGCAGACCAGGAAAAGUCUCUGCAGAAACUUGGUGACAUGAAGCUUGAGAGAAAGAAGUUGGAAAAUGAGGUUGUAAGGAUGGAGAUGGAGCAAAAUGAUUGCUCUGUUAAAGUAGACAAACUGAUUGAAAAGCAUACAUGGAUAACAUCUGAAAAGCAGCUUUUUGGAAGAACAGGGACUGACUACGAUUUUGCAUCAUGUGAUCCUUAUAAAGCAAGAGAAGAACUUGAGAGACUCCAGGGUGAACAAUCAGGUCUUGAAAAAAGGGUAAACAAGAAGGUCAUGGCAAUGUUCGAAAAAGCAGAGGAUGAGUACAAUGCUUUGAUGUCCAAGAAAAACAUAAUUGAGAAUGACAAAUCCAAAAUCAAGAAAGUGAUUGAAGAGCUAGACGAGAAGAAAAAGGAAACACUGAAAGUUACAUGGGUUAAAGUUAACCAUGAUUUUGGAUCCAUCUUUUCAACUCUACUACCUGGCACCACGGCAAAGUUAGAUCCUCCGGAAGGCGGCACUUUCCUUGAUGGUCUUGAGGUCCGUGUUGCUUUCGGGGGUGUUUGGAAACAGUCUUUGUCUGAACUGAGUGGAGGGCAAAGAUCUCUUCUUGCUCUCUCCUUAAUCUUGGCAUUGCUUCUCUUCAAGCCAGCUCCUCUUUACAUAUUAGAUGAGGUUGAUGCAGCUCUUGAUCUCAGCCACACACAGAACAUAGGAAGAAUGAUAAAAGCUCAUUUCCCCCAUUCCCAGUUCAUCGUGGUCUCACUGAAAGAAGGAAUGUUCAACAAUGCCAAUGUUCUUUUCCGAACAAAGUUUGUGGAUGGAGUAUCAACAGUCCAGAGGACGGUAACAAGGCAGGACAGAUGAUCCUCGUCAGAUGUAAGAUGAAGUCUGUCUUUUUCCGGUAAUCUUUCCACACUAAAAGUUAUCUGUUAGGCCUACGUGAGUAAUAUGAUUGGAUCAAAGCCAAUGUUUGGUUGGUUGCCAUUGUCUAUAUCUAACCGGAGAGCGAAAGCUCUUAGGUUGUUUGUUGCAAAUUCCUGUGUAGUGUGUGUUAAGUUAUUCUGUGAUAAUCUGUAUAAUUUUAUACCCCUGGAUUAUUGGGUUCAAUUCUAAACCGGCAUCCUCGGUUUGGUUAAAACGAGGAUAUCUAAUGCUAAUAGAAGCCGAUUAGUAUCAAAACCGGCACUCUCUUUUGUAAUGGGGCAUGACAUGCCAUUGUCACAGAUUUAUGACUAUUGAUAAGUUUACAAGAAAGCAAUUGAUUAGCAGCAAAAUGAUGCUUGAUACAAUAGGAUUACCAUCUUGAUCAAUCAUAGUUCCUAUGUACAUCAAACAGCUUUAAAAUGUUUCUUUCAUGGCGCUACAACGGUCCAAUUCCAAUAUCAUGCUAAAAAAAAAAA